CGGCACUGCAGAAGCAGUGAAGUCAUAAGCGUAUCGAUUUUUAUUAUUGUAGUGUCUGUUUCCGUAGUUGUAGUGUCAUUUCAUGGAAAUAUUCGUGAAUGGGAUGUUUAUAUAAAGCAAGACGAAUCCUCACUGUGUGACUUGGACAGUUAGAAGAUGACGAAGGAUAGGUUAGCAGCGCUGAAAGCGGCACAAAGUGAUGAUGAUGACGUUGGCCCUGACGAUGUUGCUGUCACGGUGGAGGGAGGGUUCAUGGACGAGUUCUUCGCUGAGGUGGAAGAAAUUCGGGAGAUGAUAGAUAAAAUACAAGCUAAUGUGGAAGAAGUGAAAAAGAAACACAGCGCCAUCCUCUCUGCUCCCCAAACCGAUGAAAAGGUCAAACAGGAGUUGGAGGAUCUGAUGGCCGAUAUUAAAAAAACUGCCAACAAAGUCCGUGCCAAAUUAAAGGUCAUAGAGCAAGCUGUGGAACAAGAAGAGCAAACGAAUAAGUCCUCAGCAGAUCUAAGGAUACGGAAAACACAACAUUCUACGUUGUCACGGAAAUUUGUCGAAGUGAUGACCGAGUACAAUCGGACACAAACUGACUAUAGGGAGCGAUGUAAGGGGCGGAUACAGAGACAACUCGAGAUUACUGGUAGAACGACAACCAACGAAGAAUUAGAAGAAAUGUUAGAGCAAGGUAACCCAGCGGUAUUCACGCAAGGGAUAAUAAUGGAAACGCAACAAGCGAAACAGACACUAGCGGAUAUAGAAGCAAGACAUGCUGAUAUAAUCAAAUUAGAAAACUCCAUUCGGGAACUGCAUGACAUGUUCAUGGAUAUGGCAAUGUUGGUAGAGAAUCAGGGGGAAAUGAUAGAUCGUAUCGAGUAUCACGUAGAACAUGCAGUGGACUAUGUCCAGACCGCCACACAAGACACCAAGAAGGCACUCAAGUAUCAGAGUAAAGCUAGGCGGUGUUCCAGAAGGAUUAAAGUUUGUAGGAGGAGGCAGUUGUGCACUGAAAAUUUUGUUGGUGGCCUUAACAUUUGACUGUCCUGAAGAACAUGAUUAAAAUGAUCGUACAGAACAGAGCCUUAUGUCAUAAACAAGAUAGAGCACUUGUAUAUGAAGAAUGACAACUCUCUCCACUUAAUACACCAGCUUCUUUACUCCGUGACCAGCUAAAUGAUGGGACAGAGAUGAGCUCCAAAAUUACAGCCCAAGGAUGCAAGAAUGUGAUGUCUGGUCAGGGCUACCACACACCUCAUGGGGCAGUGAUAGAUAUCGAGCAAUGGUUGACUGAUGAGCAGCAGGAGAAAAUGAAGAAACUCAGAAGAAAAAACCUGCUCCAGUGCCAUUUCUUCAACCAUGAGUCAUACAUGAAGUUACUUAGGACUGAGCCCUGGCCUCUGACAUGAGAAGCCAGCACCUGACUGCUUAAGCUGUGGCAUGGCCUCUGUCCUCUCUACUUUGCAACAUAAAUUUAUUAUCCAUUGAACAGUCACUACUGUUCUUCCACAUAACUGAGUCCUUGAAGGUCCAACAGAAAACAAAUCCACUGCUAAAUGUGAGGACAUAAUUUGGAAAGCCUGCAAUACAGUAAAAUUUAAACCAUCUCAGUUUAUGAACUGAGAAAUGUCAAAUAUAAAACUGCUGAAAACUCUGAAUUUGUAUUCAAAACUCUUUUGAGGAGAUAUUUGAAGAAGGUAGAAUUACUAAACACUAUGCUUGAAUGUCAGAAUGAAGAUUUUCAGGUUCUGUUUUCACAUUGUUUAUUAACAACAGCUGCCAGUCGUUUAUAUAAUUAGUCUAAGUGGGGCAGUGAUUAUUAAGAAUGCCAUCUCCUAGGAUGUGGUACCAUGUAGAUCGUGUAUUAACCGACAUUUUGGAGGAACAUAUCGCCUCCAUCUCCGCCUCCUCUGCAAGCGAGCAACCAGCUUGAGCAGGUGGCUGCAGGCUGAUUAUUAGUUUGUUAUAUGUUCCAGAAUUGCUAAUAAUUAUGAAUAGACCCAGAAGAUGAGAGCAAUAAAUGGCUAUGGAAAGUGGUAACCGUUCCUGGAAAAUGUUACCUCUAGGCAGUAGCACUCCUUGAUCUGUUUUGCUGUCUUUCCAGAACUUUUGAAGUAUAAUGCCUGUGUCUUCAGGGUCGAAUUGUGUCUUCAGGAUUGAAGUGUAAACAAACAAGAAACUGGCGAGAAGCAGACAGCUUCCUCUGCCGAUUGCCUGCUUCUUGUUGGUUUCCUGUUUGGCCUGUUCUUUGACUAGGAGAAGGAAGCAGUAUGUUCCUCUGAAACAUAGGCAGGUUUCUACCAGACUACAUAGCAAUACAUCUCAGAUAUUACUCAUCAUAAUCAUUUCUGUUAGAAUAGCGUAUCCAAAGUCCCUACCUUCAUUAUUUUUUAGCCAAAGUUCACGGACUAGCGAUCAACCUUCCUACUUUUUAUGGGGGAAGUCCCGUUUUUGAAUCAACCUGGAAAUUGCCUGCCCUGAGGUGUUGCAUGGUCUUUCUCAGUCACUCUAGACAAAUGCUAGGUGGUAUGAUAUCUGCUUUUUCCACGUCCUUCUUAAUUCAUUGUUCUCUCAUUUGAUGCUAUAUAUUCUGAGCUGUUAUUAGCAUCAUUAAAUAAAAUAGAAAUAAAAAAGAAAUACUAUUUCUGAAGUUCAUUUUAUUCCUGUCCCCAAACUAUAAUGUCUCAAAGUGUUAUAUUAAUAUACAAACUUUUUUAAUUAUAGAGAGGUUUAUCAGUACUUUAAACAAGAUUUACACAUGUGAAACAAUGGAUGAGGAUAUAAUCACAACAUAUUUUAAAUAGUUAAUAGCCUUAGGCUAGAAGAUGUUGCCUUGUAAAUCCCUGAAGAUGUAACAUGUUGAAUAGAAAGCAAAUAAAAUAAAAUAGGUCACUAUAUACAUAUUUGUACUCAAAGGUAAAUAUGUCCUUAUGUCAGCAGUAGAAUUGUAUAGAAAAUAUACAAAUCCUGCUUAAGUACAACAUUAUUCCCUUUGAAUUUUGAGCACGUCUGUUAUUCCAUGAUGACUUCAAAUUACUCAUGACCCAUCAACUCAUAUUACAGAUAUCAUUUCAGUUCAUAAUUUCAAAAGUGUUAUACCCUCUUGGUGAUAUACUUUAACAAGUAUGUCUAAUCCACUUUAAAUUUUCCUGUUAUUCUUGAUUUUUCCAGGGCAACAAGUUUAUUACACCUUCAAUUUUUAUUCUUUGAACAGGCAUAAGGAUUCAAAUGCUCAGAGAACAUAAAACAUGAAGUGUAUUCAGCACUGGUGUGAAGACAAAAUCAGUAAACUGGAAACAAAAAUAUUUUGGGUUGACCUGGUGGACAUGCUGGAUAUACACCAGUAUAUUCAGAAUUGGUCCUCAGUGGGUUACAUUUUGUGUUUCCACACUGUUCCCCAAAGGUACAUGUUCCUUCAUCCUGAUUACACUAGUAUAAUUAAAAAUAUAUGAACCACCUUUGCCUGCUGAUAUGAGUUCUCCAAGUGCUGGGUGUGUUAAAUUUAUUCUGUACAUGAGCAUACAAUAAAACCGUUUCAUUUAUCUUCAAAUUUCAUUUACAACAAUAGGUAAUAUAGGUUAUGCUGUCCCUGUGCAUAAUUGUACUCCACUCCAGGAAGAUGUAUAAGGGAGUAGAGGUAUUGUUCCAUACAUUCUUAACCUGGACAGUACACAGUUGAGAGUGCUCAAUUUCAUGCUGUGGCUGGAUUACCCCCUGAGGAAAGAGCUUUGCAGUAUCCAUUGGACAGGAAGCUGGGUUCACUGAUGAGCAACCUGGACACUGUAUUCACGCAUAUCCUUUCAGGUUUCAGACUUCCACAGUUUAUUUAUUUUAUGGUGUAUUUGACAAUGUGUGACAGUCCAAACCUGUUACAGUUCUCCAUGGACGCUGUGGUCCCCUCUAGCCAUUUGAGGAGGGUGACUGGUUUAUUGGCGAGACCAGUUCAUUAGCAUGUUAUGACUUGUUUUUCAUAUCUGGACAGCAAACAAUUGCCUUGUUUUUGUUUAUAUGCUGUUUUGAUGACCAGAAUGGGACAAGGUCACCAUGGGAGGCAAGUCUGUAGUUUUCCAAAGAUGUGAAUUUUGUUUUGCUGACAUGUGUAGCUGUCAUAACAUGUCUUCAGAAGGGUGUAGCUGGAUCCUAAACUAAAGAAAAUAAGCACUCUCACAUGUGGGGUUCCGAGUUCUGUAUCUUGAUAACUGUUUUAUUCUCAAAGGUCAUUAUGUGAUUGGCUUGUGCUGAUUGCAUGAUGAAUUUGGCUAGUUAAAAUCAGCCAAUAGGAAAUUAAUUCUUGUCUGGGAGAGAGGCCAUCAAUUCAGAUCCUUCUUGGGGGAUGAAGCGAUGCUCCCGCAGGUUACCAGUCUUCAAAAACUUGGUGUUCUGAAUUGAUCUGAGGUAGAUGUCAUUGGAGUGCAUUUCUCAUGUUUCUCUAAAUUCAUCAGUCCUUCUCUUUGGAUCGUUAAAAUUUUGUAAUAAUAAAAGGCCAUAUUACUCCAUGCUUGCAAAUGAAGUUAUAAUAUUUUGCUUAUGAAUAAAUAAACAGUUUGUGGUCAGUGGAAAAUGUGUUGUUGAUUUCAAGCAAUGGACUGACUACAAGUGUGCAGUUUCUGGUUGCCUCAGUUAUUGCCGUAACACAAUGCUGAUAGGAGUCAAGUGGUCUACCACAGCCAGCAUAUAAGUACAAAGAAAGAAAAGGGGACAGUAACAGAUGCCAUCAGUAGCUUAGACUGUACAGUGUUGAAUGAUUAAUAAAUAAUGAAUUAGAAAGGAUGUGGAAAGAAAUAUUUGUGGCCUGAUUUGAGAUGUUGUCCUAUUAUUUGCCAGAGGUUAUUGAGGAGAAACAUGAAAGUUCUCAGUCAAGAUAGUCAGUCCCUGUUUAAAUCCAGGACCAUCUGAAUCUGAGACAGCACUGCUUCGUACUGGACCACGAAAUUUGAUAAGAUCUUCACAGACUCAUCUGUUAUAUAAAAGGAAGACAAAAAAAGUAUUUUUAACAUCAAAGCAAAUUUACAGGUUGCCUAAAUAUAUCUCAUGGAAAUUCACAUUACAAUAAAUCCUUGAUUUAACAGAUUUAGGAUUCAGUGGGCAAGAUUCUUUGGUACUUCGCAUUAUUCUUUGGUUGACAUGUUGGUACUUCCCCAUAAUACUCUGGAUCAUAUGCAUACUUUGUCAGUCAUGGUGUGAAUGUAAAGCAUAUUUAGCAUUCACAUCAUUCUAUUGCAAAUUAAAUUUAUGCUGUGCUGUGUUUGGUUUGUUCUGUCUCACGAAUAUUUUUUUAAAAUUAAUAUACUAUGGACAAAAAAAUAAAAUGGUCAAACUUGACUCUAAAACAAAAGUUAGAAUUGAUUGAAAAAUUAGAAUCAUUAGUAAUUAUCACACACAUUUUUGAGGAAUACAGACAUUUGGCAAUAUCAGACAGCUCUCCCCCCAACUAGUCGAUUAAAUCGAUGAUAUACUGUAUUGUUAUUGCUUUUUGUAGUGGUGGAGAGAAUUUAUUGAAUAAAUUUAUAGAUGGAUGUGCUGCACCAAGGCAUAAGGUGUACUUGUACAUGUUAGCAACUUCACUGUAUGAUUUUCUAGGAACGCGUUAAAAGAUUGUACAACCAAAACUUUUACAAAUUCAAAUUUAAAUAUAUCAUCAAAAAUACAUUAGUAGCUCAUUUAUCUCAUGUUCCUUAUAACAAUGCAGUACAUGAAAAGACUUGUUAUGAUGAUUGAACUUGAAAUAGAGUUUCUGUCUUCUUGGAUGUGAUGUUGCGAAACCUGUUGCCAUUAUUUUGAAGAGCCACUCUUUCCUUACCAUGAUUCACUUGACUAUACUGGUGUUUCUCUCAAAGCCAUUGUUUCUUCCAUUCACUGUGCCCAUGGAUAAUUAUCCUAAGAGUCAAGUAUUCUAUACACUCUUUUCUUUGCUCCUGUUGGUUUACUCCGGGCUCCUGUCCUAUUCCUCCCUCUAGCUAUCCAUACCAUUUCUUCUUUGUGUGUGAUUCUAUUCUACACUGAAGAUGGAGGCAGCAGGUUCCUCUGAAACGUUAUUAACUACCAGACUACAUGUCAUUACAUCCCAGCAGGCUGUCAUCUUUAUCAUCACUGGCAUAAGAAACCCAGAUCUCUGAAAUCACAGAUAGCAGUAUGAAGUACUAUGAUGGUUUCCCAUAGUAAGGUGAAGAAUGUGUGACACUAAGUCAUUGAUUGAACAUAGUUCAGUACCCAAUCUCCUGGCAUUGGAUUAAUUUUAGAUUUCUCCCUCAAUAAGACACAUUUACUAAAGAAAAUGUUUAUUGUAGUGAUAACAGUUGUAGUCACCAGGCUUGAACAUAUAUCCUUCAAAAUACAAAGUAGGAGUGGUAACCACUGGUCCAGUGUCAUGUUCUGUGUUUGUCACUUCUGUCUGGUAAGCAUACUCUCUGAUGUUUUUAUAAUUUUAUUUUUUAUUUGUGGUUUAUUCAAUAACACUGUCAGGAGCCCAUAGAGUAUAGUGUUGAAUAUAUUCCCUGUUACCUUCAUUGUUUACUCCAUAGAUGCUUUCUGUAUGCAGAAUGUUUCAUUCAGCCUUCACAACUUUUAAGUUGAAUAUCAUUAUAAUUAUGUAAUUAUUGUGCAAGGUAGAAAGCUGCUUGUACCUACAUUUUACUGUCUCAGAAAGUGACAGGAGAGGAAGUUUGACACUUCCAUGAGAGUAAAAUUUUCUGAUAAUUGUUUGUAGCCUAACACUAUCAUGCAUGAAGGCAGGCCUAGUUCAGAGAAGUUCAUGAGGCAAGAAGAAUGUAAGGAACAAAUGAAUAAAAGAGACUGUACUUUUAUUUUGAGUGAUGUAAUGACAGGCAAAGUGAAUAUCCUUCUUUUGCUUCUAGCAUUAGUUCUCUUCUAUAUGGGUCAAUGAAUGAACAACUCCAGUUUCUUUUUAUUCCCACAACGUUUUAUUUUUUAAUUUUAAUCAACUCUUUUCUCUCUUAUUGAUGUCUUUCAAUACAUGGCUGAACUAUCUGUUUCUCGUUUAGCCCAUAGCUUUCUUUGUUUUCAAAUCUUAAAUCUAAUGUCUUUGUCAAUAUUCUUAUUAUGAUCUGUUCCUUUGACAUGGCAAAACCAUUGUAAUAUUUUCUCUUCUAACUCUAUUAACAAAUUCAUAAUUCUAACCUCAGUAGCGUUUUAUGAAUAUUUCAUUGCAUCUCAUUGUUCUACAUUGUAACCCAGAAUGUGCACUCCAUUUUGAAAAUCUCAUUUUUCAUAUGGCUUCAGUCUCUUCUUGCAUAGUACAUUUUGCACAAGCAAAGUCCAACUGAUGAUAAUCAACUGAUUCAAUCCAAAGGUGACAUGGGAAAGCAGAACAUUUAAGAGUAUUAGGGCUUCAGAGUUUCACAGGAAGUAUGCUUUCUCACAAGGCUUUUCCACCAGGCCUGAAAGUGGAAGUAGAUGUGGGUAGACACCAUUUACUUAGUUUCAGAGGGCUUCAUUAUGAAGGUGUUUUUUUUUCAGCACCCUGAAAUACCACAGCUGUUCUCAACAACAAUAAAUGUAAGAACAAAAUCACGAGCCUACAUUGUAAUAGUUCCCUCAGACUUUUCUGCUGUUGCGAAGCAUCUACCUAGUUGGCUGCACCAUAGCUCAAGCGGUUAGUUGCUGGCUUCCCACCGCCUCGGCCUGGGUUCGAUACCAGGUCUGGU